AUGAAUGCAUACAGAGUUAUUUAGAUAAUAAAAUUAAGAUUGUUCAUGUUUUAGAAAUUGAAUGCCCUCAAUAAGGAUGUGGCAAUUAUUAUUAUGAUGAAAUCAUAAAGGGCUUAGUUAAUGAUGAGUAAUAUCAAAAAUAUGAUAAAUUCAAGAAAAAGAGAUUAUUAGAAAAAAAUGAGACUGUUAGGUGGUGUAUUUGAAAUGAUUGGUGAUUUAAUGUUGUCCAAGAUGUAAAGCACCAACUCAAAAGAAAGAAGGUUUUAAUCAUAUGACAUGUUAUAAAUUUCGAUUCCAAUUUUGUUGGUUAAGCAGAGCUAGAUACACACAAGAAUGCAUUUGGAUUCAGAUAAUUGCUUUGGAUGUCCAGGUAAUAGAAUUUUAUUUUUAGUAAGAAAGAUAAUUUUCUAAUGAAGAGGUCUAUUCUCGAUCAAGAUGGAAGAAGUAUUGAGGUAUCAUUUUCGAAUUAUUUGCCACUAUAUUAAUUCUACCUUUAAUUCCAUUUAUUUUGA